GAGCAGUCGAAAAAGAGGAUCGAGGGAAGAUAGAAGCAAGUUUGCGCAGGCGGCACCGAGCGAGCGCCGAUGCGAGCGAAAACGACCGUUCGCCACGACUCGAAUCGAGUUCUUCGAAGCGAAAAUUGCGCAGUUGUCGCGAGAUUUCCUGCGCACACUCCCGCGCGUUCCCUUUGUGUUAUUUUCGGGCGGAAUCACCGUUCGAAGCUUUAAAUAGGACUGACUUUCCGACAAAGAAGGCAGUUCGCAAUACUGGUCCUACAUGCUGGAGCAUCGAAGAUUGUUCGCUAUGCCUUCCGAAUGCAUCGCCAAUCCGUUGCAGCGAGAGCUGGCCGAUUCCAUAAUCCGUUUACAGCCGCUCGACGAGAUUCGAAUUCUGCUGGCAUGCGGAGCGAAGGCGAACGAGCCGGUGACGCAGGGUUUGAGGCCGUUGCAUUACGCGGUGUGGCAGCGUUACACGGAGGCGGCGCAGCUGUUGCUAGUCCGCGGCGCGGACAUUGACGCGACCGACGAGUGUGGAUACUCGGCGUUGCAUCUAGCCGCCGAGCACGGUUAUUUCGAUUUGGUGAAACUGUUGCUCGAACAGGGUGCCAAAGUCGAUCAUCGGAAAGACACGGGAGAACUUUUUCCAAGGACGACGAUUUGCGACGAACCGUUGCGGCUGGCUCUGAGAAAUCGUCACGUCGAAGUGGCGAGGAUCUUGCUGGAGGCUGGCGCGAAUCCGAACAAGCGCUAUUUCUUCGGUUCCGAGAUCAAUCUGGUAUCACCGUUGGAUCUGCAGUGCAUGGAAUUGUUGUUAGCGUUUGGUGCCCAACCGAACACGAGGGACCGCGCGGGUCUGACGCCGUUGAUGAAAGCCUCGAGAUUGCCGCAGGGCAUAGCUUCGGUGCUCCUUUUGCUCAGCUAUGGCGCUGACGUUAAUUCGAUGGCGGACUCGCGACACGACUACCGAACGGUGCUGCAUUACGCGAUCCUCGGCGGUGAUCCGGCGGUCAUCGAUCUCUUAUUGAAGCAGGGUGCACGGCUCGAUCUCGGACCGGAAUAUCAGAAACCCACCGCUCUCGACCUGGCUAUUCUCAAGGGAGAUCCCUCGAUCGUUCAAAUGCUGUUAAACUCGGGUGCCGACGUGAACGCUAGCUCCCCGAUCAUCGGUUCUCCGUUGCACGUCGCAUGCGCGGACAACAUUCCAAACAGAUUGGAGAUACUGUCGAUGCUGUUGGAACGAGGAGCGGAUCCUAACUUGGUGAUACGAAGCGACGAGGGUCCCGCGCUGCGUCCGGUUCUCGCCGAGUACAUCGCCUCGAACGAGAACCCGUCGGUCGCCGUGGUGGCACUUCUGCUCAAGUACGGCGCCAGGGUCGUCAUCAAGACGCAGUUCCGCGAUCCUCACGGUAUCCUCAACUCACUUCAGAACACGGCAGACAAGCCGCGGCUGUUGAAGGCGUUGCUGGAAGCGGCGGAAAGUUUCGAUCCCUGCAUGAUCCGGAGAUCGAGCAGCCUGACGGACGCGCAGAGGGCGUUGAUGAUGGAAGCGGCUAGGACCCCUUUGCCCCUAACUCACCAGGCAAGGCUAAUCAUUCGCAGGCUCUGCGGCACCAAGUUGCCGAAACUCGUUUGCAAACUUCAGAUACCUCAGUCGCUGCAUCGCUAUCUUCUUUACGAUUUUCAUUGAACAAAUUUCCCAUCCUGCGAGAGGACACCCGCGACAUCUCCUCUCGAUAACCAACGACGCGAGCCGCUGCGUUUCUAACCUUUUCGUCCACGCGACAGAAACGGUAAGUUUCUAUCGCUUCCGCUCGGUCUUCCAGGGUUUACCUUACCUCGAAACACGGCUGUGUCGAAAUUUUCGUCAUCGCUGAUCGUGCGUUCGUUUUGUACGUAGACGAACAAACCCGGACUCGUGUCCGCGACACUUUUGUACCUUUAUUUACGCGUGCAAUUUUUACUUAGGUAUGAUAAACAUGCACAUGUUUGCGUACAAAUACAUCGUAUAUUUUUAUUUAUACAUAUAUAUUUAUAAAUAUGUAAGAAGGAAUAAACGCCGUACGUGCAAGUUGUACAUAUACGUGUGCGCGUGAAUUAAACCGAGGGAGUCCUAUAUAAUAAAUUCCUAGAGAAAAGUGUGCGUGUAAGAAAGUGGAAUGUAUAUUCUUGUACAAGUUUGAUAUAUGUAUUGUUACAUUCGUGCGAAUCGAAGAGCGAAAUAAUAAACGAAGGAUAUCGAACAGAUCGAA